GAACUGACAGAUAUAAAAUGCAAACUGAAGUUCCUACACUACCUGUAGUACAUUUCAAUACCAAUAAAAACCUCAAUAGAAAACAAAAUUCUAAUUUAGGGAAAUCAGUGGAAGCUAAAUGUAGUUUACCACACAAGCACAUAACAUGUCUUUCAUCUAAGAAGAACUUGCAUCCUUUACUUGGUCAACCAUAUCAAGUUCACGUUCACCAGCAACCUUCUUCAGAACACUUAAAGCUUCAUAAAAAUAGCAUUGAACAAAGAGUUUUAUCAGCAAAAAUGUUGCGCAUUAAGGAAUUACAAAAUCAAUUAGCUGAUGCACAUUAUCAAUUAAAUGAAUUAAAUAACGAAAAUAAAUUAUUAAAAUCAUUACAAAAAAGGCAAGAUUCUGCAUUAAAGCGUUAUGAAGGAACAAAUGCUGAACUUCCACGGAUUAUUAAUUCACAUCAUGAGGAAUUGAGAGUACUUCAGAUUAAAUAUAAAAAGUUAAAAACUGUACAAAAGGAAACACGUGAUUUACUAAAAGAAAAGGAAAAUGAACUUCAACAGUUGCAGUGUCAAAAUAAACAUUUGUUGCAACUAAGUAAAGACCGUAAUUUGGAAGAAAGAGAAAAAUUGCAAUUACAGGUUUCAGAUUUAAAUCAUAGAAUACAGCAACAGCAAGAAACUAUACAGACAUUGCACAGAAAAUUGAUUCUUGAAAGUAAAAGCUUAAAACAUCAAUUACGUAUAGAAGUUACUAAGCGAAAAGAAACACAAAAGAAUUUAGAUGAAACAAUAGAAAAAUUGAGAAGUUUAGAAAAUUUCCUAGAUAAUAGGGAACGUAGAUUAUAUUCUAAUGGACAAUUAGUACUUCAAAAUAAGAAUAGACGGUUUGGUACACAAUCUCUUACAAAUUUAAGAGAUAUUAGCUCAUCAAAUCCAUUGAAAUUGUCAGAUAAAUGUGAAAAAUGGCAAACAAACGCGCAAGAUAAUAUCUUGCCUACACUUAAUACAUCCGAAGUAAAUGAUAAAAAUAUGAAAGCAGAUGAUGAAGUAAAUUCAAAUCAAACCCUGAAUUCUGUAAGGACAGAAACAAUGGCAAAUUUGGAACAAGUCAGAAAGUAUCGUCUUCAAAAACCAUUGCAUAAGAGAACUUCAUCAGAUGAUUCAGAAGAGAAAUUGAAAGAACUAGAUUUCACAAUAAGUGAAAAUUCAAAGACUUCAAUAAAUUUACAAAAUUCACAAUUAAAAAAGAAAGAGGAAAACAUUAAUUGGCAAUAUGAUAAUUUUAAAAAAAUAUUUAAAAAUCAAGAAUAUCAGAAUUCAAAUGAAACAUUAAAAAAAGAAUUUACUAAUUCAUCUGAAGAUAGUGGUAGUGGAAGUGAAAGUGAAAGUGAAAAUUUUAAAAAUAAUUAUAUUACUGCAGCUAACUCCAGACAAUUACAUAGAAGAUUAAUUAAUGAUGUAGAUGAUACUAUAGAUUUAAAAGAAUUAACAUUUUCUGAACAUACAAAUAAGUUAAAAAUGCAGGUCAGGAGAAGUUCUCACAAGAGUGAUUCAGAAAUAGAUACUGCACUUCAAGAAGCAAUUAAACAUGAUUUUGCAACAAAUAUAAGUGAUGACCAAAUUUACUAUAAUUCUGACAAAGAAGUAGAAAAAUUAACUUCAAAAAGUUUGUUAAAUGGAUCACAAAAAGUUGAUCAAAAUCUAACUCAUGAAAUGCAAAUACAAACUAAAAAUGCAUAUGUCCCCUAUAACAUUGAAUCUGUUGAACAAGAAGAUACAACUUCAGAAAAUGUAGAAAAGUACAUACUUGAACCAACUAAAAGAAAAGACUAUAUUGAUACAAAUAUAUCACAAAGUGUAUUUUCAACUGAAUCAUUGUUACAAACAUUGGAAUCUAAAGAUGAACAAUGGAGUCAAGAUGCUGCAUCAUUUAUAACUUAUAAUGAACCAGAAUCAAUGGACACUCAACCAAAAAUGACUCUUUCAAAUGAAAAUCAUGUUGAACAUUUGCAAAGAAAGUCUAUAGAAAAUUCAUCAAAUGUUUUGGAAAAUUUGGAUAAAGUAGAAAUAAAUGAAGCAGAUACAAUGAACAGAAACAUUUUGAAUGACAACUGUGAUGUAGAAACAAGAAAUAAAUUAAAUAAGCAAGAAGCACAUAUAGAAUCAAGAAAUGUUGAAACAUUAUUGAAUGAUGUAAAAUCUCAUGAUACUGAUUCAAUUCAUGGUACACCUGUUGAUGUUGAUACCACAAGUAAAAUUAGUAUUAAACUAAAACCAACCAAUUAUAUCAAAGAACAGUUAUUAGCAUCAAUGAAAGCUAUCGAUGACAAUGAAAACAUUGAAUUUUUAAGUCAAGAUUAUAAAAAACAUGACAUGACAAAUAGAAAACAAAUUACAGACAAUUUAUUUCAUGGUAUACCUACUCAUAUGAAAAAGAAACAGGAUAUUAUCAAAGACAUAUUUGAUACUGAUACAAUUAAAAAAGAAUCGAUAGGUAGCUGUAAUAAAUUACACUGAUAUAAAAAUUAGCAAAUAAAUUCUUCACAAAGUUACAAUGAACGAUAAACCUUCAAAAUAAACUUGGUACAUAUGUUACUCUGUCUAUAAUACAUAUAGUAUUAUAUAUAUA